CCCAAUAUAAAAAUGUCCCCAUGUUCAUUUGCUUCUGUGUUUUUCUUAUUAGCUUAAGACUUGGAAUAUAAACAGCAUGGAGUGUAAAAAGCGAUGGCACUGGUUGAUGCUUGAACUGAUUUGUCUUCUUAUUGCAGGAGCUCCAUCUUCCAUGUCCAAAAGACAUGAGUCAUGUCCCAAGGACAAUGUUGGUAUUACUGGAGGGACCUUUGUUCUUUCUAAUGGUUAUUCACAUGGGAGUAUUCUGACAUACAGCUGUCAAGAAGGCUAUUACCCAAGUGUUAAGACACGGUUGUGUCGAAAUGGACUCUGGGAGACAAUGUCAACACAAAAGACAAAAAACCUUGCAGAGUGCAAAAAGGUCACAUGUCCUGAUCCUCGUUCUUUUCAAAAUGGAGAGGUAAUUCCAAUAAAAGGGAGGUACUUUGUAAAUGACACAAUCAACUACGCAUGUAAUUCCGAUUAUACAUUACGUGGCUCAGCGAGUCGUGUUUGCAAGCCUAAUGGGAAGUGGAGUGGAAAAACGGCAAUUUGUGGACGUGACUCUGAUUACUGCCCUGAUCCUGGCAUUCCCCCUGGUACCAGAAGGACAAACCACAUAUUCAAUAUUGAUGACGACGUCACAUAUGAAUGUGAUAAGCCUUUGGUCCUGAUUGGUUCCACAAAGAGAGUCUGUCAGGAUGGUGGCCAUUGGUCAGGGACAGAGCCAGAAUGUUACGCUCAUUUUGCAUAUGACACCCCAGAUGAAGUAUCAGAUGCUUUCAGCAGUUCUCUAAAGACAACUCUAGGAAUUUUUCAACAAUAUGAAGAAUCAGAUCAGCAUGGGAAGAAAAUAUCAUUGGAUCGGAGAGGAAAACUUGAUAUUUACAUUGCUGUGGAUGCAUCUGAUAGCAUAGAUGAAAGCAAUUUUAACCAGUCAAAAGAGGUCAUCAAAGAACUUAUAAAGAAGAUUAGUUAUUACCAGGUCUCCCCAAACUAUGAGAUCCUGAUGUUUGCUACAGAUGUUACUCCGAUAGUCACUAUGAGGAACUUCAAGACUACUGAAAAUGGAACUAUCCAAAAAAAUGUUUUAGAUGAACUGGACAAUUUUCAAUAUGAAAGUAAAGGAGAACGAUCAGGAACUAAUAUUGCCAAAGCCUAUUCGAAAAUUUUAGAGAGUAUGAAAAUAGAGGAGAUCCAGGAUAAGGAGAGCUUCCUUCAGACCCAGCAUAUUGUCAUCAUUUUCACUGAUGGUCAAGCAAACAUGGGGGGUAAUCCCAAACCUAAAGUUGAACAGAUAAAACAUCUUGUCACCCAAAAUGAUCCCAAACGAGAGAAGAAACUCGACCUCUAUUUCUUUGGAAUUGGAACUGACGUGAGAAAGGAGGACGCAGCUGGCUUAGUGUCAGAAAAGGACAAUGAAAAGCAUUUCUUCUCGCUUCAAAACUUGUACGAACUGCAGGAGACAUUUGACCAAAUGCUUGAUGAGUCCACAGCUGAGGAAUUGUGUGGGAUUCAAGAAUCUGACGCAAAAAAUAGACGCCGCGCAUUUCCCUGGUUGGCACAGAUUGAUGUUACUCGUGUCUCAAAAAGUUCAAAAUGCAUGGGGUCUUUAGUCACCUCAAGAUACAUCUUGACAGCGGCUCACUGCUUCAAACAUGACGACACACCUGAGAGGAUAUCAGUUAAACUGCAGAAAGGCCUGGAUGUAAAAAUAAAACAAUUCAUACUUCAUCCUGACUAUAACAUCACAGCAAAACAGCACAUGCAAAUAAAGGAAUAUUACGAAUUUGAUGUAGCUCUUAUUGAGUUGGAAAACGCUGUUAACAUUAAUGUUAAUCUUAGACCAAUCUGCAUCCCCUGCACCAGGGCAACAAAUGGAGCACUAAAACUUUCAGACAGUGAAGGGACAUGCCAAAAACAUGAGGAAAAUCUUCUAAUAGGAGAUAGUCUGGAAGCUUAUUUCACAUCAGGAAUGGAUAAAGACAAUACUCCACAAUCAUUAAAAAACAUCAAAAUCAAGCUAAAAGGAAAGCGGGAUGCUUGUGUUGAAGAUGCAAAAAAAGCACCAGGAAUUGGGGAAUCAACAAAUGCAAAGGAUAUAAUUACAGAUAAUUUUCUGUGCAGCGGCGGUAUUGAUACAACAACAGAUGAUAUUGCUUGCAAAGGCGAUCGGUCAGGGACUAACAUUGCCCAAGCCUACGGGAGCAUUUUAGAGAGUAUGAGAAUAGAGAAGAUCAACGAUAAAAACUUCCUUGACACCCAACACAUCAUCAUCAUGUUCACUGAUGGUCUAGCCAACAUGGGUGGUAAUCCCAGACCUAAGGUGGAACAGAUCAAAGAUCUUGUGAUACAUAAUGAUCCUUCACGGGAUGAAAAACUUGACAUGUAUGUGUUUGGAAUGGGUGAUGAGGUGAAUUCUGAGGACAUAAAUGAUUUAAAGACUAACAGGGGAAAUGAAAAGUUUUUUUUCAAGCUUAAGGAUUUGGAUUCUUUGGAGAAAACGUUUGACGGCAUGAUUGAUGAGGGCACCAGUGUGUCAUUGUGUGGACUUUACAGAGAUUACGACGAUGGCCUUAUAGCUCAUGAGCGUUGGCAAUACCCCUGGUUGGUAAAGAUCAGAGUGACUCGUAAUGAUGGAACAGUUUCAAAUUGCAUGGGCUCAUUAGUCACCUCAAGCUUUAUCUUGACUGCGGCUCAUUGCUUCAGGUUUCAGGACACACCUGAUAGGGUACAAAUUGAGAUGGAAUCAGGUUCAAAAGAAAAAAAAGUGAAAAAGUACAUACCUCAUCCUCGCUAUAACGUCAAAGCCAAACUGCACUUGGGAAUACCAGAAUAUUACGAGUUUGACAUAGCUCUUAUUCAGCUGCAGGACCCUGUCAUCAUGGGUAUUGAUGUUCGACCAAUCUGCAUUCCCUGCACCAAGGAAACCAGUGGAGCCCUAAAACUUUCAGACAGUCAAAGCACAUGCAAAAAACAUCAGGAAGUACUAAUGUCUUCAGAAACUGUGAAUGCUGCUUUCAUGUCUGACUUGAAACCCGAAAUUACGAGGAAGGACAUCAAAAUCAAGCAGGGGAAAUGGCGGGAUGUUUGUGUUGAAGAUGCAAAAAAAGCAAAAAACAUCAAUGCUACAAAUGCAAAGGAUAUCGUUACAGAUAAUUUCCUGUGUAGUGGUGGUACUGAACCAACCAAAGAUGAUAUUGCCUGCAAAGGUGACUCUGGGGGGGCCGUUUUUGUGCUUCCGGGUACUCGAAUGAUCCAGGUUGGUGUUGUGAGCUGGGGAGUGAAGGACAUGUGCAAACACAACCUGAAGCCUGAUUCUGUUCAUGAUUCCAGGGAUUAUCAUACAAAUCUAUUCAGUCCAGACAUACGCUCAUUCCUUAAACAGUACCUAGGAGAUGGCCAAUUGGGAACCCCUCUUACAUUCUUGUGAACACUGUCCUAAACAAGAGUUUCUUUACUUGCUCAGAAACAUUUUGCAUGUACCUAAAUUAAAGGUGCACUCAGUAAUUUUUCCUCAUUAAGAAAGUUUUACUCCUUAUUAUUGGACAUUUUCACUCGAGGAUUAAAUUAAUCAUGUCUGACUGUGAUUAGUGAAUUUCUACAAAGGCAUUGAUAACUAAAAACUUUGCAUUCAUGCCGCUAGGUUAUCAGUGUCCAAGACUUUCACUCACCAUUUAUUGCUUUGGGCUUUGGGCAAAUUUAUGAUUAAAAUGCAAUAAAGCUUUGUGGAAUAAUAAAAGGCAAGAAAAUAUGAA